AUGAAUCCUGAUACCCCUCCCAGCGGACAGAUGUCCAGCCCUGUCGAAUCCGCCGAGUCCAGGGACAACAAAGGUGUCUCCUCUCGACGUUUGAAGAAGCGCGAGAUCGACCGACGGUGUCAGCGGCAAGCUCGCGAACGCACCAAGACGCGGAUUGCCUACCUGGAAGGUCUCGUCGAGGACUUCAGGCGGCAGGACUCCAGCGGCCAAGUGGCCACCUUGAUGGCGCAGUUGCAAGAGGUGCAGGCGGAACGAGAGCUGAUGGCCAAGGCUUUGAAGGAGAUCCAAAAAACCAUGGACAUGCACAAACCCUUGAAGGAGAAGGAACAGGAACUUGAGCAGGCGCUGGAAUGCAACCGCUCCCAGUCACUCGUGCCAUCCAUCAACCCACAUGUCGACUGCAAACCAAGUCUCACUUCCUUCGCCGAUGAUGCGCCGCCUCCCCUGAAGGCCGAGGGCGCCGCCGUCUGGCCAGCCAACAUCCCAAUGCACAAUUUCGACCUAGCCAUCCACUCCCCUCCUCUCAAGCAUGCCCCGGAAGUUGUACGUUUGGACAACGGCAGCUUGUUGCCGCCAAGUCAAGCGCUCGUACAGGCAAAGGCAGCUCGUGAGCCGGAUCCUCUAACUCCUCUGCGUUACGCAGACUAUUGGGCUGCGCCUAGGCAAGCUUGUUCUUGCACCAGCUGCCACGGCCGCGGCCGCGACCGCCGACCAGGUCAUCGUGCUGUUUGGCAGGGGAAUUACUGGAAAUAUUUCAAUGAGGUAUUGUCUGAGCGCUUUGAAUGGUCCAACGUUGGGCCUGAAUCAGACGCACAAGCCGACGAUGUACCAGUCCGAGCAAUGGUCGAGGGUUGGGACGCCGUCGUAAGAAGGGGUCCUCUACACCCUUCGUGGCAGAUCUUGCGGCGUAUCGACGAGUCGCUGUUCGCGAGAAGCCCCAAGGCCGCUCGUUUGGCCAUAUUGAGAGCUAUGCACUUGCUUCUCCAGUUCCAUACCGACUCCACUACCGAGCGCUACUCACGUUUACCGCCAUGGUAUAUGCGCCGACCAUCCCAGAACCUUGCCCACUCGUAUGCGAUUGACUAUUUCCCCUGGCCUGGAAUCCGGGAGCGUUUCGUCUUCAACGAGCACGACUAUUGUGGGAACGAUUUCUGGUAUGGUUUGUGCAAGAGUUUGCGACUGCUGUGGCCUUACGAAUUCCGGGAUUGCUAUACUCGCGAAGUUGAAACAGGGUUGUACAAGGUCUCACGCACGUUCGACCAGCGCAUUACAGAUAUCAGAUCCUGGGCGAUGGGCCCCGAUUUCUUCCAACAGUAUCCUGAACUUUAUAAUGACAUCCCAGCGUUCGACCACAUUUCCUUUGAUCACAUUUCACACACGGUGGGCCCGAAGCGGCGUCCUAGCCAGAAGAGACUGCUCCCAACUCCAGGCUCGCCAGAGACGAUCGGCGGAACAUCUGAGGAAGAAGAGAUAGAUUGCAAGCCCCGAUCCCCGGAGGAGGAUAUCCAGAUGCAGGUCCGUGGAUAUCAACCCCGGCAAACAACUCAGUCACACAGCCAGAAUGUGUAUCCAAAUCCACAACAUGACCUCAAUCAACAUAUGUACAACAUAUCGGAUUUCAACCCCAUCGUGGCACUUGAUGCGUUCGCAUAUGGGGCGGUCAAUGAGGUGGAUUUUGCCAACGUUUAUCAGCCAGAGAUGCCGGAGUGUUACCCAGACAUGAUUUACUGA